AUACCUGGCCGGGAAGAUAACUUUUUUUUUUUUUGCUUAUAUAUUGAUUUUAUUUGGUUCCGACUCAGAUAACAUACUGGAAAGCGAUAUUACUUCAAUAUUUAUGGAGUAGCCACAGGUGCCUCAUCUUUAAGUGGAAGUUAAUUAUAUAUUUGUUGGCCCAAACCUUUGUCUUUUAGUCACUCCAUGGAUUCCUUUGGGCCACCCAGACCCGAAGAUCAUCAGUCGGUGGUCAGCAGAAUGCAAAAGAAAUACUGGAAAACUAAACAGGUCUUUAUCAAAGCAACAGGCAAGAAAGAAGACGAGCAUUUGGUGGCAUCUGAUGCUGACUUGGAUGCUAAACUGGAGGUUUUUCACUCCAUUCAAGAGACAUGCACUGAACUUCUGAAGAUAGUCGAGAAAUAUCAGCUAAGACUCAAUGUUAUAUCAGAAGAAGAAAAUGAGCUAGGUGUCUUUCUAAAGUUUCAAGCAGAACGGGAUGCGACUCAAGCUGGCAAAAUGAUGGACGCCACUGGCCAAGCACUGUGCUCCUCAGCCAAGCAGAGAUUGGCGCUGUGUACUCCCCUGUCACGUCUGAAGCAAGAAGUAGCCACGUUCAGUCAAAGAGCAGUGUCUGACACCCUGCUGACGAUUAACCGAAUGGAGCAGGCACGCACUGAGUACAGGGGCGCCCUCCUGUGGAUGAAAGAUGUGUCGCAAGAGCUGGACCCGGACACCUCAAAGCAAAUGGAAAAGUUCCGGAAAGUCCAGAUCCAAGUGAGAAAUAGCAAAGCUUCUUUUGAUAAGUUAAAGAUGGAUGUUUGUCAGAAGGUGGACUUACUUGGAGCUAGUCGCUGCAACAUGUUAUCUCACUCGCUCACUACCUACCAGAGGAUGCUGCUGGGGUUCUGGGAGAAAACUGCUGGAGUCAUGGCCCAGAUCCACGGGACGUGCGCUGUGCUCCACCCAUAUGAGUUGGUGGCGCUCCAGCAACAAGACAUUCCAAGAAAGCUUAUGGAAGACCACAAAGAACAGACGGGAGGCAGCUUUCUUACCGAAAACCUCCACGAGUUAGCAUUGUCAGAUGAGGAUGUGAGCUUAGGGAAUGAACCAGCUGCAAAAGAUUUACCCACGGAUUCCAUGGAAGGAGAAGAUUUUGAGAAGGAAUUCUCCUUUCUGAACAGCCUCCCGAGUCCUGGUUCUCUGAGCCUGGGGGAACUCGGCCCGGAGUGCCAGGCUGCCUCUCUUGCCGCCCCGGAGUCCUCUGUGGGGUCUGAGCCGCUUGCCCGCUCAGCGCAGUUCCUUCCCUCACAGCUCUUCGACCUGGGCCUUCAUGCUGCUGGGGCGUUGAGCAGCUGGCUCUCCCAAGGGGAAUCAGAACUUCCUCCUCUGCACAUGGAUAACCAGCCCGUGCCUUCACAGAGUCCAAAGAAAUCAACAAAGUCUUCAAACAACGGGAACCAAGACAUGUCAGCCUGGUUCAGUCUGUUUGCCGACUUGGAUCCACUUUCAAACCCAGAUGCUAUUGGACACUCAGAUGACGAACUCCUUAAUGCUUGACUGAAAUUAUGCCAUUUCCAUGGCUGGAGAAUUCAAUUUUGCAACAUUACUGCCUUUGUGGAAAGGAAUUUCUAUUGUUACUUCCCUCACACACAGUGUGUUUGUAAAUGUGACACCUUCCAGCUAACUUUAGACAGAUGGUAUGGACCACGUUGAAUAGUUUAAGUGCUUCUCUAAUAGCCUAAAUUUGAGGUGUU